CAGCUACCGGCGAGAAUACUCGCACUCGCUCACGAUAAGUCGUAGUGAGAACAUUAGGCAUACCGGUACCUGGCGAAAACUAGCAGUUGACGUAUUUUAGCAAUCUUAUCAUCUCCAAUCGAAGAUAAUAGACCACGCUUGCAAAAAAAAAAAAUGGAAGUCAUUUUCACCAUAAAUGGGAAGACCUUUACCGUCGAUCCCAAGGCGGUGCCCAUUGAUACGUCGCUGAACAGCUUCAUCCGUAAUCAUGCUCACCUGAGUGGAACGAAGUUUAUGUGCCUGGAAGGAGGAUGUGGAGCCUGCAUCGUUAACGUAAACGGGAUCCAUCCGGUCACCAAGGAGAAGUCCUCGUGGGCUGUCAACUCGUGCCUGUUCCCGGUAUUCUCCUGCCAUGGACUGGACAUCGUUACCGUGGAGGGAAUCGGCGAUAAGGAUGAUGGCUAUCACGCCACUCAGAAGGUGCUGGCUCACUUCAAUGGUACGCAGUGUGGAUUUUGUUCGCCCGGUAUGGUCAUGAACAUGUACAGCCUGUUGGAAUCCAACAAGGGCCAGGUGUCGAUGGCCGAAAUUGAAAACUCCUUUGGAGGAAACAUGUGCCGUUGCACCGGUUACCGACCCAUUCUGGAUGCUUUCAAAUCGCUGGCUUACGAUGCGGAACCCAGAUUAAAGGAGGCCUGCAUGGACAUCGAGGACCUGACCAAGAUGUGUCCAAAAACUGGAACGGCUUGCUCUGGAAAGUGUUCUGUCGCUGGAAAAGUGUCCGAUAAGAAGGGGGUUCAUAUGAGCUUCUCGGAAGACAAGGAAUGGCACAAGGUGUACAACGUGAGUGACGUCUUCGCUAUUUUCGAGAAGAUUGGACCGAAACCAUACAUGCUUGUAGCUGGGAAUACCGCUCAUGGAGUCUACCGUCGAUGUGAUAAUCUCCAAGUGUUCAUCGAUGUUACCUCUAUUGAAGAGCUACGAUCACACUCGUUUGGUAGUAAUUUGAUUGUUGGAGCUAGCGUAUCCUUAACGGAAUUGAUGAGCAUCCUGACUAACGCAGCCAGUAAAAACUCAAACUUUGGAUACUGCGCCGAACUUGUCAAACAUAUUGACCUGAUUGCCAACGUUCCAGUUCGUAAUACUGGUACGAUUGCUGGAAAUUUGAGCAUCAAGAAUCAGCACAAAGAGUUUCCUUCUGAUUUGUACCUCAUUCUGGAGGCAGUAGGUGCAACUUUGACGAUAAUGGAAUCUGGUGGUAAGACCUGCGUUGUCAAACCCUCAGAGUUUGUCAAUUUGGAUAUGAGCAAGAAACUUAUUUUGAACAUCAUUUUGCCUCCAUUGGAUUCCAAGUUUUACGUAUUCCGCUCAUUUAAAAUCAUGCCACGUGCUCAGAACGCACAUGCUUACGUCAAUGCAGCCUUCCUCCUAAAGUUCAAUCAAGAUAAAACCAAAGUGGAAGCUGCUACCGUUUGUUUUGGUGGUAUCAACCUUAUCUUUACUCAUGCAAUUGCGACUGAAAACUAUCUUGCUGGAAAAAGUCUCUUCAGUAACGAAGUCGUUCAAGCAGCUCUUAAAACACUAUCGAACGAGCUCCAGCCAGAUUGGGUUCUCCCGGAUGCUUCCCCAGAGUAUCGCAAGAAUCUUGCCAUUUCACUGUUCUACAAGUUCAUCCUGAACAUUGCCGACGAUGGAACCGAGGGCACUGUCAAGUCUUCGUUCAAAUCUGGCGGCAGGGUCCUUGAACGUCCGGUAUCCACUGCUUCACAACGUUUCGAUACGGUUAAGGAGAACUAUCCGCUUACAAAGAACAUCCCCAAAAUAGAAGGCCUUGCGCAAACCUCUGGAGAAGCUAAAUACACCAACGAUAUUCCGGCGCUGCCCCAUGAACUUCAUGCAGCAUACGUUCUGGCGACCGAACCGCAGGCCAAGAUUUUGGAUAUUGAUGCUUCCGAAGCUCUGAAAAUCCCUGGCGUGGUGGCGUUUUUCUCCGCAAAAGACAUCCCUGGAGUCAACAACUUUAUGUAUUUCCCAGAAUUUAUGGGCAAGGAAGUUGAACCGAUUUUCGGCACCGAGAAGGUUGAAUACCAUGGGCAACCUAUCGGUAUGCUCGUCGCAGAAACCUUUGCUUUGGUGAAUCGAGCCGUAAAAGCCGUUAAAGUAACGUACGGCAAACCAGAGGUGAAGAAAAUCUACCCUACAGCGCAGGAUGUAUUGAAAGCGAAGGCCGAUGAUCGCAUACAGGAAAUGGGCUAUAGCACUCACGGAGAAAAUUACGACAAGGCUACGGGAGGUGACGUGAAAGUUAAAGGUCAUUUUGAGAUCGGAGGUCAGUACCACUACUACAUGGAAACUCAAACGUGUCUUUGCAUUCCUAUCGAGGACGGUAUGGACGUGUAUUCAGCAACGCAAUGGAUUGACUUGACUCAGAUGGCAAUUGCCAGAAUGUUGAAAGUUCCUCAAAAUAGCCUGAAUUUAUUCGUUCGUAGACUUGGUGGAGGCUACGGCGGCAAGGGUACUCGCGCCACUAUGGUUGCUUGCGCGUGUGCCCUUGCGGCCCAUUUGACCAAGAGACCGGUGCGGUUUGUCAUGACCUUGGAAGCGAACAUGGAGGCCAUUGGUAAACGCUAUCCAGUAAUUUCCGACUAUGAGGUGGAUGUCGACAAGAAUGGAAAAAUUGUGAAGUUGUACAACGAGUACGUACAUGACUUCGGAUCAACGUUCAACGAAGCCAUGGGUCAUGCAGCAGAAUUUUUCAGCAAUUGCUAUGACAAAAGUGCUUUCAAAACUGUCGCCAAAGGUGUUCGAACGGACUGUGCUAGCAAUACAUGGUGUCGUGCUCCGGGUACCACCGAAGGAGUGGCUAUGAUAGAAACCAUCAUGGAACAUAUUGCUUUUGCUACUGGCAAAGAUCCUUUGGAGGUUCGCAUUGCUAACAUGCCGGAGGGCAUGAAGAUGAUUGAACUGAUGCCUCAAUUCCGCGCGGACGUUGAAUAUGAUACCCGGAAGAAACAAGUUGAGCAAUUCAACAUAGAAAACCGAUGGCGAAAGCGCGGAAUAGCCAUAGUUCCAAUGCGAUAUCCCUUGGGAUACUUCGGAUCAUUGUCAGCUAUUGUUUCCAUUUACCAUGAUGAUGGCACGGUCGCCAUCUCACAUGGUGGCAUUGAAAUGGGUCAAGGCAUGAACACUAAAGUUGCACAGGUUGUUGCUCAUAUUUUGAAUAUUCCUAUGGAUAAAAUUAUCGUCAAACCUUCCAAUAACCUGACUUCACCUAAUGCUAUCUGCACUGGUGGCAGCAUGACAACUGAAACGGUGUCUUACGCUGCUAAACGUGCAUGUGAAAUUAUACUAGAACGAAUGAAGCCAGUUCGCGAAGAAAACAAGGACGAUUCUUGGGAAACUUUAGUUUCAAAAUGUCACCACAAGAGUGUCGACCUUUGCGCAACCUACAUGUACAAGGCUUCGGAUUUGACUCCUUAUAUAAUUUGGGGUUUGAGCUGCUCAGAGGUCGAAGUUGACAUUCUUACCGGAAAUGUACAGCUACGUCGUGUGGAUAUUCUAGAAGACGUCGGUGAAAGUUUGAGUCCAGGUAUUGACGUCGGACAAAUUGAAGGAUCAUUCAUUAUGGGACUGGGGUACUAUCUGACUGAAGCGCUCGUUUUCGAUCCAGAGAACGGAGCUCUUCUGACAAACCGCACCUGGACCUACAAACCUCCUGGCGUCAAGGACAUUCCUGUUGACUUCAGGAUCCGGUUCCUGCAGAACAGUUCGAAUGCUACUGGAGUGUUGCGUUCUAAGGCCACCGGGGAACCGGCAAUGAAUAUGACGAUUUCCAUUAUAUUUGCGUUGAGACAUGCACUGAUGGCUGCUCGUAAGGAUGCCGGAUUGCCAAACGAGUGGGUCUCGGUUGGUGCACCAUCGACACCAGAUCAAAUCUACAAACUGGCCGGUAACUCGGUCGAACAUUUCACUUUGAACUAAAGGGUGUGGGGUUCAAAUACUAUAUCUACACAGGAAUAUACAUGGUAUUAUAAGAUUGAUAUAAUUCACAAUAUAAUAUUCUUCAUUAUACUAAAUAUGGAGAUUUUAUGAGUAUGUAAAACGCUUAUCAUACAACACAUAAUAAAAACAGAAAAAAUGCGAA